UUUUUCCAUUUUCAAAUUGUGGAAUGGCUAACGAAGUUCAGGACAACUCCAUGGUGGCGCCGAAGACGGAAGAACCCCAAGCUUCAUCCGGAGAAGUAACGAUUUCCCAUGAUCUGCCGAUGAGUGUUCAUGGAGCUGGCGAACCUUCCACCUUGAUAUAUGAUGGAGACGAUGAGAAGAAGCUACAAGAUGAUAUAGAAGAAGAUCAUCCAAAUACACUUGAAUAUGCGGAUGUCUUGAUGGCAAAGGGUUCUACUGCAUUAGAUGAAAAGGAUUUUUUUGAAGCCGCCGAAUGUUUCAGUCGCGCCCUAGAAAUUCGGGUAGCUAAUUUUGGAGAGCUUGAUAAAGAUAGAUUUAAUGCAUAUUAUUUCUAUGGAUAUGCAUUGCUACGUCAUGUUCUAGAUGAUGGAACAACUCAAGUAUCGAAUGAAGGUGGUACUACUCAGGCCGAAUCCACUUGUGUUUCUAGUGAUGUGGAAAAUGAUGAGAGUUCUGAUGCUGAUGAUAGUGAAACAGGUUUAAACGAGGAAGAAAAUGAUGAAAUUGAAAUUGAUACUGAUGAUACAUCUAAUAACGAUGAGGAUGAGGAUGAAAAUGAGCUGGAUUUGGCGUGGCAAAUACUCGAUUUUGCAAGGGUAAUUUCUGAGACAAGACCAACUCAGUCCAUGAGUAAUGUGUAUAUUCUGUGUGCACUGGGUGAAGUUAAUUGUUACAGAGAGGAUCUCAAAACUAGCCUCGAGGAUUAUCUCAAGGCAUCACAGAUUUUGGAGAGUCUAGUUGAACCAAACUUAAUGGAUAGAGCUAGUCUGUAUCCAUUAUAUUGA